AUGCGACAUGGCCUUAUCAGGCCCCCUCCAUGCCCUCAUUCCCCCCUCUCCUUCCCCUUAUUUCCCCUGCUGCUUCUCCUCGUUGCCCCCUCUCCUUCCCAUCAUUUUCCCAUCUGCUUCCCCUCGUUCCCCCUUGUCCUUCCCCUCAUUUCCCCCUCUGCUCCCCCUCGUUCCCCCCUCUCCUUCCCCUCAUUUCCCCCUCUGCUCCCCCUCAUUCCCCACUCUCCUUCCCCAUAUUUCCCCAUCUGGUUCCCCUUGUUCCCCCCUCUCCUUCCCCUUAUUUCCCCCUCUGCUUCCCCUCGUAGCCCCCUCUCUUCCCUUUCAUUUCCCCCUCUGCUUCCCAUCGUUCCCCCCUCUCCUUCCCCCUUUUUCCCCCUUUGCCUCCCCUCAUUCUCCUCUCUCCUUCCCUAUAUUUCCCCUUCUGCUUCCCCUUGUUUCCCCCUCUCCCUCCCCUCCUUUCCCCCCAUGCUUCUCCUCCCUGUCCCCCCUGCAUCCCCUCCUUUCUCCACCUGCUUCCCCCCCUUUCUCCACCUGCUUCCCCUCCUUUCCGCUCCUGCUUGCCCUCCUUUCCCCCCCUGCUUCCCCCCUUUUCCUCCAUGGCAUCCCCUGCUUUCACCCCUUGCUUCCCCCCUUUCCCCCCCUACAACCCCUCCUUUCCUUCCCUUGCUUGUCCUCCUCUCCCCUCCCGCUUCCCUUACAUUACCCCCCUGCUUCACCUCCUUUCCGCCCCUGCUUCACCCCCUUUCCCUCUCUGCUUCUCCCCUUUUCCCCCAUGGCUUCCCUUCCUUUCCCCCCCUGCCUCCCCUCCUUUCCCCCCAUGCUCCUCCUCCCUUCCCCCCCUGCUUCCCCUCCUUUCCCCACCUGCUUACCCUAUUUUGCACCCUCCUUUCGCUGUAUGUCCCCCUCUGCUUGCCUCAAUGCCUCUCCACCCCCUUGCAACCCAACCAGCUUCUUCGAGCUUGCUUAUUCUCUGUCCUCCCUUUUUACCUUGCUUAUGCUCCAUCCUCCCCUUGCUUACCCUCCCUCUUCCCCUCUACUCGCUCUUUCCACUUUCCACCUCUAGUACCCCUCACUCCAGCCCCCACCGUCUGCCCUCCUGACCAAGCCUCUGCUCUGGCCUACACGGACCUGAAUGUUGUGCCAGGAAUUGGUUUGGAAUUAGGCUCGGGUGCAGGCUUGGAUGCACGCUCCGGUGGAGGCGUGGGAGGGAAUGAUGGCGAGGAUGGUGAGAGAAGCGGGCGGGUGGACAAUGAGAAAGGAGUGAACUGGGAGACGAGAGAGGAGGACAAGGGAGCAGACGCCAAGAGGGCGGAGGAGGAAAGGAGAGUGACAGAGGGGCAAAAAGUUAUCAACUCUCUCUUUCUUCCCCGCCUCUGCCCACCUCUCAACUGCCCCUCCCCACUAGAGGCCCCUCCGCCUCUGCACGUCCCCCCACCCUCUCAGCUCCUUCUACCAUGCCUCUUCCUCUCACACCUCCUCCUCUCACGCCUCCUUCCAACGCCCUUCCUUCGGAGGAAAAACAGGAAUAGAGGGGGAAAAGAGGAGCAGUGGGUGGAAAGGAGCGGAGUUGGGAAAGUUGAGAAGAUGGAGAAGGAGGAGCAGAGGGGGGAAAUAGGAGAAGCAGGCAGUGAAAUGGUGGGAAGCAGGGGCGGAGAUGAGGGAGGAGGAGGAGUGGCGGGAGGACGAGAAGGCAUGGUGGGAGGAGGAGGAGGCAUGGUGGGAGGAGGAGAAGGCAUGGUGGGAGGAGGAGAAGGCAUGGUGGGAGGAGGAGAAGGCAUGGCGGGAGGAUGGGAAGGCAAGGCGAGAGGAGGAGAAGGCCUGGCGAGAGGAGAAGGUGUGGUGAGAGGAGGAGAGGGGGUGGCGGGAGGAGGAGAAGGCAUGGUGGGAGGAGAAGGCGUGGUGGGAGGAGGAGAAGGCAUGGUGGGAGGAGGAGAAGGCAUAAUGGGAGGAGGAGAAGGCAUGGUGGGAGGAGGAGAAGGCAUGGUGGGAGGAGGAGAAGGCAUGGUGGGAGGAGGAGAGGCGUGGCAGGAGGAGGAGAAGGCAUGGUGGGAAGAUGGGAAGGCAUGGUGGGAGGAGGAGAAGGCAUGGUGGGAGGAGGAGAGGCGUGGCAGGAGGAGGAGAAGGCAUGGAGGAGAGGGGGUGGCGGGAGUAGAAGGAAUGGCGGGAGGAGGAGAAGGCAUGGUGGGAGGAGGGGACGGCAUGGCGGGAGGAGGAGAAGGCAUGGUGGGAGGAGGGGAAGACAUGGCAGGAGGCAGGGAAGGCAUGGCGGGAGGAGGAGAAGGGACAGGGUGGCGAGAGGAGGACACGCAUAGAGGCGAGAGGAGGCCGUGCAAGGAGGCGAGAGUCGCACGAGCGGGGAGGCGAGAGGAGAGCGCGGGGCGGCAAGAGUCGCGCGCGCGGAAAGACGAGAGGAGAACGCGAACCGGGAGGCGAGAGGAGCACGCGCGGCAAGGUGAGAGGAGGCCGCACGGGGAGGCGAGAGUCGAGCACAUGGGGAGGCGUGAGGAGGCCGCGCGGGGAAAGCGAGAGGAGAGCGCGGGGAUACGAGAGGAGCACGCGCGGGGAGGCGAGUGGAGAAUGCGUACCGCUCAUCUUGCGUUUUCCUCCCAAUCCGCAGUCGCCUCUCCCUCCAAUCCCGCCAUCGCCUCUCCCUCCUUCCCAGCCGCCGUCGCCGCUUCUUCCCAUCCCGCCAUCGCCUCUCCCUCCUCCCCGCUGUCGCCUCGCCCUCCCUCCCCGCCGUUGCCUCUCCCUCCUCCCCCGCCGUCGCCUCUCCCUCCUCCCCGCCGUCGCCUCUCCCUCCUCCCCGCCGUCGCCUCUCCCUCCUCCCCGCCGUCGCCUCUCCCUCCUCCCCGCCGUCGCCUCUCCCUCCUCCCCACCGUCGUCGCUUCUUCCCAUCCCGCCGUCGCCUCUCCUCCUCCCCGCCGUCACCUCUCCCUCCUCCCCGCCGUCUCCUCUCCUCCUCUCCGUCGACGCCUCUCCCUCCUCCCCGCCGUUGCCUCUCCUCCUCCCCGCCAUCGCCUCUCCUCCUCCCCGCCGUCGCCUCUCCCUCCUCCCCGCCGUCGCCUCUCCCUCCUCCCUGCCGUCGCCUCUCCCUCCUCCCCGCCGUCGCCUCUCCCUCCUCCCCGCCGUCGCCUCUCCCUCCUCCCCGUCGUCGCCUCUCCCUCCUCCCCGCCGUCUCGCAAGAGCGGGUUGGUGCGCCAGCGCGGGUUGGUGCACCAACGCGUGUUGUUUUCUGAGACAACGUAA